UGAUUAAGUAUUAUGACCCUCGAAAACACCAAAGUGAAAAAUUAUUAUUUUCAAUAUUUUUUUCUUAAAAAUUUAAAAUAAUUUUUUGUCUGGUCACCGUAUUGUGUAAAGAUUAUACGCAGUGAAGCAAGGGUAUGUCAUUAAGCAAGAUUGGCAAUUUUUUUAAGCUUAUUAUAUAUAUAUAUACUUGUUUUACCAUUAUUAUAGAAAAAAAUGGAGAGUAUUCAAAGAUUUUGUGGUUUGCCGUCAAAUGGUUCAUAUCAUAUUUGGAACCAAGAAACAAAAACUUUUGGCCAAUGUUUUUUGUGGACUGCGGUGGGAUACACAAGCCAUGCUGUAUUUGCUGUUGUGUGUGCAUAUUUACUAGGUAAUUUAAAAAGAUCAAAAACAAAACAGAAAUAUUGCUUAUUAUGGAUUAUCAAUAUUAUAACAUUCUUGCUAGCCCUUACAAGCAUGACUGAAUUAAUUAUAAGCUACUCACUCAAACACAAGCACCCUCCUGCUUAUGUUCUUUCAAAAACAUUGUCGUUCUCAACUUGGUUGUUAUGCAUUUUGGUACAGACUAAAAGAGCUACGAUUGACAAACAGAAAAAAGAAGGAAACAAAUACAUCCUCCUUGUUUUCUUGUUAAUUUUGUUAUCAUCAACACUACAAUUACACUUUGUCAUAAAACAUGUUUUAGAUGAAAAUUUGCAGUUAAAAAAUAUUUCUGCAGAUUAUAUUGGAGCCAUUGUUUAUUUUGCCCUUAAUUGCUGCUUUUUUAUUUGCUCUGCUAAAGUUAAUUUUACAAAAACAAAAAGAACAACGUUUAACCGUGCCAUACCAUCACUAAACAGAAAUGCUUCCAUUCAAGCGUUUGAUGCGGAAACUUCGGGAGAACAUACUGAAAGUUCGUCUUUGUUGUCUUCCAGUCAAAGUCAAGGCUCGUAUUACGAAGCUUACCGGAAACACAAAACUGCUCGUACUAAUAUUUAUUUAGGCAAAGCAGAAAAUUCUAAAGGUAUUUUCUCUUGGCUGUCAUUUUGGUGGGUUAAUGAUUUAAUUUUAAAAGGCUACCAUAAUCAACUUCACAAUCCAGAUGAUUUGUUUAUUUUGCCGAGCAAAUUAGAUACAAACACAAUUAAAGAGAUUUUUUCUAGUAUGUUGCGCAUUCAACGACAUCAAAGCAUGCUACGAGAAUUAAAUACAGAUACUAUUGACGAUUAUCAGGAACCUAGAUAUAAACGUCGGAAAAAUGUUAAAAUAUCGAUGUUAAAAAGCCUUCACAAUGCUUUUGGCAGAUUUUAUUACAGUCUAGGAAUUUUGAAAUUCUUAGUUGACUGUCUGGGCUUUGCAGCUCCAAUUUUGUUGAAUCGCCUCGUUCUGUUUGUUGAGAAUAAAAACGAGAAAAUGUCAAACGGUUAUUAUUAUGCUCUUGGUUUAUUUUUAUCAAAUGCCAUACAAGUUCUGAUUUAUGUCCAGUAUGUAUACAAUAUAAAUAAAGUUAGACUACAGGCUCGUGCAGGACUCAUCACUACAAUCUAUGAAAAGACUUUGUCUGUUAGCACAAGCUCUUUGGGGGAAUUUUCUACGGGACAGAUUGUAAAUUUUAUGAGCACAGACACUGAUCGUAUCACAAACUUUUACAAUAGCUUUCACGAGUUUUGGAGUUUACCAUUUCAAGUAGCUGGAUGUUUGUAUUUGCUCUAUCAACAAGUUGGCUUGGCAUUCCUUUCUGGUCUUGGAUUUACCAUUCUGCUUAUCCCUAUCAAUCGCUGGUUAGCAAUUAAAAUUGGUGACUUGAGCAAGAAAAUGAUGACACAAAAAGAUAAUAGAGUGAAAAUCAUAAGUGAAAUCUUAUUUGGAAUUCGUGUGAUAAAACUUUAUGCUUGGGAAAAUCAUUUCAAAGAAAAAGUUGAAGAGGCCAGAAAAUGGGAGUUGAAAAGUUUAAAAGGAAGGAAAUAUCUUGAUGCUUUGUGUGUAUAUUUUUGGGCAACCACACCUGUGCUGAUCUCUCUCCUAACCUUUGCUACAUAUGUUUACAUGGGAAAUGAGUUAACAGCUGCGAAGGUGUUCACGAGCAUAAGUUUGUUCAAUAUGCUCAUUGCACCAUUAAAUGCUUUUCCCUGGGUGUUAAAUGGAUUAAUGGAAGCCUGGGUCUCCUUGAAAAGAGUUGAGAAAUAUUUGUGCCUACGGGAGAUUAACCUAGACGAGUAUUAUGUAAAGGUUACACCAGAUGAUAGUGACAAUGCAGUUUUUGAAAUGGACAAGGCAGUUUUUUGUUGGAAGGAAACAGAUCUACUUGAGAUUUCACCAAUUCAGCUUCCACAAGGGGAUUUUGAUAACGAGGAAGAACUUUAUGGAGUUAAAAAAGAUGAAAAUGUUGUUGUGGGAGAACAUACUUACAAUAUUGUGAAACCAUUUAGUCUGAGAAACAUCACAAUGUUGGUUGAAAAAGGGCAGUUUGUAGGAAUUUCUGGAAAGGUUGGAUGUGGAAAAAGUUCAUUAUUUGCUGCAAUUACUGCUGAAAUGGAGAAAGAGUCUGGUCAUAUUUACCUUGGUGAUGAAUUUCAAGGAUUUGCAUACGUUACACAGGAACCUUGGAUACAACACAUGACUUUUAGAGACAACAUAUUGUUUGGUCAUUCGUUUGAUCCAGAAUUUUACAAUGCAGUACUACAUGCUUGUGCUUUAAUGGAGGAUCUUGAGUUGUUGCCAGCAGGAGAUUUAACAGAAAUUGGUGAAAAUGGAGUCACGUUAAGUGGAGGACAAAAAGCAAGAGUUGCACUUGCGAGAGCUGUUUAUCAGGAUAAAGAUAUAUACUUAUUAGAUGAUCCGAUUGCUGCUGUUGAUUCAGAUGUCGCUGCUCAUAUAUUUAACCAUUGCAUCAUGGGAUUAUUGAAAAACAAAACCAGAUUUUUAUGCACCCAUCAUACAAAAUAUCUAUGGCGAGCAGAUACCGUUAUAGUACUAGACAAUGGUGAAAUAACAGCACAUGGACCUCCAGAACAAACACUUACUCAGGAAGAACUUAUUGAAGAUGUUGAUUCUCCUAAAUAUGUUGCAACAUCUCAAAAUCACAGUAAAAUGCCGAAAGAAACGCUGACAGACAUAACACUGGACAGUUCAAGUAGUAAGGAAAUUGCAGCUAAAGGAAAAUUGGUAGAAGAAGAAAAAAAGGAAGAAGGAUAUAUUUCGCUGAAUGUUUAUAAAUCAUAUUGGAAAGCUGUUGGAAAUAGUUUAGCAGCCAGUGUCAUUAUGUUUCUGCUUCUCAUGCAAGCAUCUCGUAAUGUGAGUGACUGGUGGUUGGCAUAUUGGAUUUCACAUGUGAAAGCGAACGACAACACGACGGUGUAUAGUGAUUACCGACAAGAACUUUCACAAACACAUGUAUCUCAUGACGUGAAACACUAUCUGUAUAUAUACGCUGGUAUAGGCGCAGCUAAUUCAGUUUUCACCUUCCUGCGUGCAUUCUUUUUUGCAUAUGGCGGAAUACAAGCAGCGAGACAUUUACAUAAAAAGCUACUACAUGCCAUCCUUCACGCUCCUAUCUUCUUUUUUGAUGUCACGCCUAUUGGUCGCAUUUUGAACAGAUUUUCUUCUGACACGUAUGCAGUCGACGACAGUCUUCCAUUUAUGAUGAACAUCAUGUUUGCUCAGGUAUUCGGUGUGUUUGGAACGAUCAUAGUGACGUGUUAUGGCAUCCCAUGGUUUACAGCUGUGCUUGUUCCUAUUGGAGCUAUAUAUUAUUACACACAACACCAUUACAGAAAGACAUCAAGGGAAUUGAAAAGAUUAUGCAGUAUCACGUUAUCUCCCAUCUACGAACACUUUUCCGAAACGUUGUCUGGACUAAUGACCAUUAGAGCGUUUAGGGAAUCCCACCGUUUCAUUGCUGAGAAUGAAAGAAAGUUGGAUUUCAACCAGCGUGCUAAUUAUUCCAGUGUUUCAGCCGUUCAGUGGUUAACUGUUAGACUGGCUAUAAUUGGUGUAAUUAUAAUAACGAGUGUAGCUUUUCUUGCUGUAUUUGAACAUCAUUACAACAGUAUAAAUCCUGGAUUAGUUGGCUUGGCGAUAUCGUAUGCUUUAGCAAUCCGACCGCGGCUAAGUGGUUUAGUAAAUGCGUUUGCUGAAACAGAGAAAGAGUUAAUUGGUGUGGAGAGGGUAGCCGAAUAUGUAGAAGAAACACCAACGGAAGAAGAUGGGAGUUACCAUGUUGAUAAUUUCUGGCCUCAACAGGGAAUAUUAUGUUUCAGAAAUGUUUGUCUGCAGUAUAGACGUGGACUUCCUUUUGCUCUGGACGAUGUUUCGUUUUAUGUAAAACCUGGAGAAAAGAUUGGUGUUUGUGGACGCACUGGCUCUGGUAAAAGUAGCUUGUUUCGUUUGUUGUUUAAAACGGUCAAGUUAAAUCAUGGAGAGAUCAUUGUUGACGGUGUAAAUAUCGAGAAUGCUCACAUCAGUCAAAUUAGGUCGCAGAUGUCCAUCAUUCCACAGGAUGCAUUUUUAUUUGACGAUACUGUUGCGAUGAAUCUUGAUCCGAAACAAGAACACACAAGUUUUGAAAUGAUGGAUGUUAUUGAAAAAUGUCAUUUGAAAAAAACUGUUCAAGAUUUAGGAGGUUUAAAUGGGAACGUUGGUGAAAGAGGACUCAACCUGUCUGCUGGUCAGAAACAACUUUUAUGCCUCGCCAGAGCUUUGUUGAAAAAAUCGAAGAUUAUAUGUGUUGAUGAAGCCACUGCCAGUGUGGAUUUCGAAACUGAUAAAUUGAUACAACAAACUAUACGUAAAGAAUUUGCAUCGAGCACAGUUUUGACGAUAGCCCACAGAAUUGACACGAUUAUGGAUAGCGAUCGCGUUUUAGUGAUGAACGCAGGUCGAGUUGCUGAAUUUUCACCGCCACGCGAGUUACUCGCCGACCGGGAUUCUCUCUUUUACUUACUCGCGCAUGAAAACCACACGUCUACUUGAUUGUAUGGGAUCUUUUGUUCUUAGACUUUGUUUUUGACUCUUAUUUUUUGUAUUUUUCACACGAAUUCUGGCGAGGGUAAUUUUUUGCUGACCUCUGCAUUUUUUAACAUAGUAUUCUUAUACUGGGUUUACACUUAUGGGUUUACGCAUAUUUAAGUUACUAAAAAUAGAAAUUUAUACGCAUUAAGUUGAUAAUAAAAUUAUGCGAAUUUAUACGGAUUCAGCACGAAAACAAUCAAAAUAAAAAUAAUUCCGAUUUUUUUUUCCGGAUUCGUUUAAAUCAAAAAAAGCUUAAGGCCGUUUUUCACUUAGCAGAAAUGUUCCGCAGGAAGAAAAUUUUCUUCGUGUCAAUAUCCUUAUAGCAGAAAAGUGCGGGCGCGGGAAUUGUAAAUUUAAACAAAUAUGGCGGAGAUAAACAGAAGAGUUCUGCUUUUGCUUUUUAACUGAAAAGAAGGCUUUUGAGAAGAAUUAAAUACAAGAAGUCAAUGUGGUUAAGAAGGUUGUACCAAGAAAUGAUGAAAAAGGGAGAAUACAAUAUUUUAGUUCACGAUCUAAAACUCCAUGACCAUGAGCUCUUCUUUCGUUAUUUCUGCGUGUUGCCGCAUCAGUUGGAAAAUUUACUUCGAUUGGUGGCACCAUCUAUUGUUAUAAUUUAAGUUCGACUUGAACCAAUUAGUCCAUCUGAAAGAAUUAAGGGUGAUUCACAAGCAUCCAUUGUAUUGCGUACAGAAUGAGCGCAACUACUGUAAAACUUUAUUUAACGACUGCAUGCUCUACACGAACAUUUUUCUUUCUGUGGAACAUUUCUGCGAAGUGGAAAAAGCCUUUAAAGUAAACUGACAAAAGCGCAUAUUUCUAAAAACUUCUGUAUAACACGAAGGUGAUAAGUUGACGUACACUUGUGUAGCCAUAGUUUUGUCCAGUCUUGAAUAGUUUAUAAGCAAUUAAAGCAACUCGCCGAAGGACCAAUAUGUUUACCAUAAACUAAUUUACUCGAUUUGAUCGUGUGUAACUUUAUUUAUAUAUUGUUUUUUGUUAGUUGAGUCGUUUAGCGACACUAAUUUUAAUGUACAACGACGGCGCGAGUUCGAAUUUGAAGGAUUGUACACCAAAAAACUUUAUUUAUAGUUUUACUAUUUUGUACACAUUUUACAGUUUUAUAAAAGAUCUCUACGUUAUCUAAAAAAUGGGUUUUUUAUUUGUACUGUAGAAUUUUUACGCCGCUCAUUGCUAACGCGCAUAAAAUGAUUUCAGACCUGAGGAUUUAUGUUUCCAGUUUUCCCUCCGACUCGAAAAAAAAAAACUUUUUAAUGACAUUUUGUUGCUCCUGUAAAGCGCGCGCGAACAAGCCGACAUAUUAAUUUGGGUGAAAUAAAUAAAGCUAAAGUA